AUGCAUUUCAUCUAUAUUUUCUUCUUCUUCCAACUAAGCAAUAUUCAAACCACCGUAGCGCAAACGGAUCAAACAGAACCGUUGGAUUUAUCAAUAUCAAAAGCGAAAGAGAAGAGGGAUGGAUUACAAGGCUUAUCAAUGGAAAGAGAGAAUGAAGAAGAGAUUGGAUUGCAAGUGUUUCAAAGAAAGCCCUUGGAUUUAUCGGCUUCAAAAGUGAAAGAGGAAGGAAAUAAGUCACAAAGUUUAUCAAUGGAGGAGACUAAAAACGGCUUGAAAUUUCACAUGCAGAAUCAUUAA